AUGGAGAGAGUCCAAUCCUCCUACGAAUCUCAGGAUGAACCGUUCGAAAUUGGGAAAGAGAUGUAUCGUGGACAGCAGUACAGUCAAAUUUACUACGCUCGUCUUCGAUUGAUGCGAACUCUCUUGUAUUCCCUUGUUUCCCAAUGGAAACCUAAUUCUCCUGUGUGCACGGUGUUGGGACUUGAAGAGGGCAAAGAGUGUGUUGUAGUUGGGACACUGUUCAAAAACAUGAAAUUGAAACCUUGCAUACUUGAUGAGUAUUCUAAAGAGAGAUCAGUUGUCCCGCUUGUCAAGCCGCAUAACUUCGUGGACGACGAUGAUUAUCUUGUUUUGGAAGAUGAAAGUGGAAGAGUUAAGCUUGGUGGGAAUAUUAUUGUGCCAUCUGUUUAUGUAACAGGAAUUGUGGUUGCUAUACAUGGUAAGGAGACUGGAGCCGGUGAUUUUUUGGUUCAGGAAGUUCUAGAAGCUGGCUUACCCCCGCAGAUAGAAUUCCCCAUUAAAUCAAGGGAAGACAGAUAUGUUCUUCUUGUGUCGGGAUUAAGUAUUGGCAGCAGCAAGUCUAACCCUCUUCAAUUUCAGCUUCUAGUUGAUCAUAUUACUGGGCAUUUAGGAGAUGAGAAGGAGCAAAGUAUUGCUUCGCAAAUUGUUCAUGUAGUCAUUGCUGGGAAUUCUGUUGAGAUACCUCGUGGACUUCUUAAUGGACAGAAUUUGGCUUCAAAAGAUCUCUCGAAGAUGGCAGAACCAGUAAAGGAACUAGAUAUUCUGUUGAAUCAGAUUGCUGCGGGUUUGCCAUUGGAUAUCAUGCCAGGACCCUGUGACCCUGCUAAUUUCUCAUUACCACAACAGGCAUUGCAUAGAUGCCUUUUCCCCGGGUCAUCAGUUUACAACACUUUUAGAUCUUGUACAAAUCCUCAUUGUUUUGAGCUUGAUGGUAUCAGGUUUCUCGGGACAUCCGGUCAAAAUGUAGAUGAUCUUGAUAAGUAUUCAGAGGCAAAAGAUAAGCUUGACUUCAUGGAAAGGACAUUACGGUGGAGGCAUUUGGCACCAACUGCACCUAAUACCCUUGGUUGCUACCCUUAUACUGAUAGGGAUCCUUUCUUCAUUCAAAAUUGUCCACAUGUGUACUUUGUUGGCAAUCAGGAAAAAUAUGAUACUCGUGUGAUAAAGGGAUCAGAAGGCCAAUCGGUUAGACUCAUAUGUGUUCCUAAAUUCAGUGAAAAUGGAGUUGCUGUUAUGUUGAAUCUGAGGGAUCUUGAAUGUCACACUCUCAGUUUUGGAACUCAGUUCAGCCCAUAA